AUGGCAUCGUCAGCAAUUAUGGUCCCUACCACCGCCUCGCGUUUUGCCCUGCUACAGAUCGACUCGGACUCAGAUUCUGACGCCUCUGAGGCCGGGAGGACGGCAAACAAAGCUGCCGGGUCCGUCAAGCAGCGUCAGGGGAAGCCCGCAGGAGGCAAAGCAUCUCAAGGGAAUGACAAGAAGAAAGAAAAGAGGAAGAAAAGGAAGGAACAGCAGCAAAGUGAAGCCAACGAGCUUCGCAAUCUGGCCUUCAAGAAGAUCCCACAGAAGAACCAUGGACCGCCACCUUGCAUGACGCUUUCUGGAAUAGCCAGCGAGCUCCUCAGCGCUCCGCCUGUGGAGCACGGAUCCGCUUCAGAGUCACAGCAAAGCUGGCAGCAGUGGAAGCAGAGGGACGAGCAGAUGACAUCUGAGCUGUACGAGGCGGACUUGGAAAAGGCUUUAAUUCUGAGCAAAUUGGAGUACGAACAAAACAAACAGAGUGGCAGUAGAGACCACACAUCCUCGCCAAAGUCUCGCAAAGACGGAGGUGGCGGCAAAGAGAAGAAGAAGAAGAACCCACAGGCUAAAGAUAGAAAGACUGUCUCUCUGCAGGACUUCCAAGCUGAAGGCAGUGCAGAACAUACAAACCGGAAACAGGAGAAAGAGGAAGUGGCCAACUCUGCCUUGGGACUGGGCCAGGAGGAGCGUUUCUUUAACAAGCUAGAGGACGACGUCAACCGAAUACUCCAACGGGAGAAGAGGCGUGAGCAGUACAGUGGCGGACACGACGGUGAUACUUCGGCGGAACAUGAGCCCGACCCACGUGCCGAGCAGCUUAAAUACGAACUGGAGAAGAAGGACCAGGAGAUCCGUGAUCUGAAAAAGACCAUCACACAGUGGGAGGUGAAAUACAAAGAGGUGAAAGUCAGAAAUGGACAGCUUCUCAAGAUGCUCCAGCAAGGGGAGAUGAAAGACAAAUCAGAACUCUUGGUGCAAGUGGAGGAGCUGCUACAUAUCAAAGAGGAGCUUUCAUCACAGGUGAGCUUACUACACGCCGCUCUGGAACAAGAACGAUCGAAAGUCAAAGGUCUGCAGUCCGAGCAGCCCAAACAUCAGGGUAACAAGAGAGGGAAGAAAAGUUCCGAGGCGGAUCCCUGA